CCAGCUGCCAUCGUAAUUUGACUUGGCUUUAUCCUUCGAUCAUGGUGAGCUCGUCGUCUUGUCCGCCCCCCCUCUCUCUCUCUCUCUCUCUCUCCGGGUUCUGCUUUAAAGCUCCACAGCCAUGAAACCCAUCUCCAAAAUCGAUUCCUCAUGAGCAAUUCCACAUCAGUGAGGAGGCUCGUUUCCUCAAAGGCCAUGAAGUGUUUUUACUUCAGCAAAGAGAGAUCUGAGGAUGAACCUAAGCCAAGGAAGUUGAAUUCAUCACUCAGAUCUUCGGCGUCGAUGUCGAAUUCAACGGAAGGCCUCGGGAGAGGAUCGGGAUCCGAUUUCAGCUCUCGGAACAUUUCGGAAACCAGCACAGCUUCUUCGGCUAUGACCCCAUUCGCUGAUUUGUCCCGGAAACACAGUAACAAUCUCAGAAUGUUCGAGCUCGAUGAGCUCAAGAUGGCUACAAAGAACUUCAGCCGGUCUCUGAUGAUCGGCGAAGGCGGGUUCGGCGGCGUGUUUCGGGGCAUGAUUCAAUGCCCCGAAGAUUCCCGUAAGAAGAUAGAAAUCGCCGUUAAACAGCUCAGUCGAAGGGGUUUGCAGGGGCACAAAGAAUGGGUGACGGAGGUAAAUGUUCUGGGAGUUGUGGAGCAUCCGAAUCUCGUCAAACUGAUCGGAUACUGCGCUGAAGACGACGAGAGAGGGAUUCAACGUAUACUUGUUUACGAAUAUGUACCAAACAGGAGCGUUCAAGACCAUUUGUCGAACCGUUUUCUCGUCACUCCUCUACCAUGGUCCACGAGGCUGAAAAUAGCCCUAGACACAGCUCGAGGGCUCGCCUACCUUCACGAAGGAAUGGAGUUUCAGAUCAUCUUUCGGGAUUUCAAGUCGUCAAACAUACUGUUGGACGAGAACUGGAACGCGAAGCUCUCGGAUUUCGGAUUGGCUCGGAUGGGCCCGUCGGAAGGAAUCACCCACGUCUCUACUGCGGUGGUCGGGACGAUCGGUUAUGCGGCCCCGGAGUACCUCCAGACCGGGCAUCUCACGGCGAAGAGCGACGUGUGGAGCUAUGGAAUCUUCCUAUAUGAGCUCAUAACGGGAAGGCGGCCUUUCGAUAGGAACCGCCCGAGGAACGAGCAGAACGUGUUGGAGUGGAUAAGGCCUCACCUUUCCGACAUCAAGAAGUUCAAGAUGAUCGUGGACCCGAGGCUCGGAGGGAACUACUGCCUCAAGUCCGCGUUGAAGCUUGCGGCAGUGGCCAACCGUUGCCUGAUGACGAAGGCGAAGUCGAGGCCGAGGAUGAGCCAGGUGUUGGAGAUGAUAGACAGGAUUGCGGAAACAUCAUCAUCACAUGAUGGAGUCGAGGCAUUGCCAUUGAUGAAGAGCUUGACACCGAAAGAUGCCUUUGAGGCAUCAAGAAGAGAGGGGGCCAAGAGAAGGUUCGUGGAAUUCAUCGUUGGGGAAAACGGUUGCCCUAAUUUGAUGUCUUCGUUCGGUUCUGUACAUUGUAAAUGAUCACAUCUUUUUUGCCUUUUUUUUUAAAAAAAAAAUCUGAAUUUGAGAUCAAUUAGAGAGUACGACAUGCUCUGUGGAUGUUUUGGUUC